AUGCGAUGCUCGACGGCGUUAUGUCUAGCGGCUAUAGCAUACAGCUCGCGAUGUUGUGGACAUGCCGCUGCGGCCGCCCGUGGCUCGAAGCACGCCUUCCUAUGCGGAGCCGCGGCGCAGACCACGAGGCAGCUCCUGUUGCGCAAUUCAUCGCAGGAAUAUGACAUCAUGGCGGAUCCGCUAGACUCCGCUCCGCAGAUUGAGUACUAUACCGCCAAAUACCCGCCGUACCCAUACUACGACGCGCCGAGAAACCUCUUCUUUGACGCCUCCGGGCUGAAGGAAGCGAAUGCGGAGGGCGAUCUUGAGGAGUUAUGUGUGGCCUCGGAGACGCAGAAGUCGUACAUGAAAAACGCCGAGAUGAGGAGGGAGGGGGAGGAAGCGGAACCGUUGGACGAUGCUCCUAUCGCAAGUAAUGGAUAUUUCAGCCAAUUUGACCGAAUGAUUGGCAAGGACUACCGGGACUACAUUUACGUGGCCGGGACACAGCACCACGGGGAGCGGAUGAGGACGGACAUCGCAGAGUACGACGCCGUCAGACCGGGAAUCGCACCUUGGCCCAGUUAUGAACAGCUCAAAGAGGACAAACUGGCAGUGAACACGUCGCUUUUCAAUGGAUUCGACACAACCAACAGGCUAGAAAGGCAUCUGGUCGGCAAGCCCAUGUUGAGGAAUGACAUCACCACUUUGGGAGAGGCUCGCACUGAGCAGCGACGGUGGUUGAGACGGAGUUACGCCGACGAGUGGUCACUAACCUACGAGGAGUUCGCGGCGAUGCCGCUGGACAUGCGGGAGGCCUACUACGCCAACAGGUACCAGCUCUGUGAUGAUGACGAAAAGUUCGCAAUGGUGCUCAAUUACCGACGGGCGCUCGGCCGCGCCGGCGACAAAAUGCACCCUGCGGAGUUCCGGUACAUGGAAGACAGCUACACGUACACACCCAAGGACAGUCCUAUCGCCGGGGAUCUCUUGAACUGGGACGACCCUUUGGAUGCUCCGUGGAGGCUGCGCGUGGAGGAGUGCAUACGCGACUGCGUCACAUACAGCUGGCCGCCGGAAAGGAUCAGGUUCCACACCUGUUUCGAGGUGUACGAUGUCACGUGGCUGGCGGGCGUAGUGAAGGUUGUCAUCGAGCAGACCAGAGACGAGGGCGACUUCAUCAGCCCCAACGAGCUCAAGUUGAUGCUCUUGAAACUAGAGAAACGGCUUAAGCAGCUUGACGAGGAGGAACACACGCAAUCUAUCGCCACCCACUCGCUGAUGCUGGUGGCACGACUCGACCCCAAGCGCAUGGCACCGGAGGAGCUCAAAACGCUUAUAUGCCGCAGGGACUGGAACUCGCAUAUAGGACAAGAGGUCAUUGUGACGUUCACAGAUAAGGAGGCAAGCCAAAUCCGAGGGAUCAUGCGUGGGUCUCACAGUGUUUUGGCACUGGAGCUCGAUGUCGAAGGGCGGCGCCACACGCUGCCACUCAACUUCAUACGUGAAAUAACACUUAUAUAA